AUGUCCAUCAUAACACGAAAGAACUUCACCUCCACUUUCCACAAUGACACAUAUCCAGUCUUGCAAGAACGACUGAAAAAUGCGGACCUGGCGAACAGGGCAGUCUUCAUCACAGGGUCGGGAACGGGCAUUGGAGCGGCGACGGCGCUGUCUUUCGCGAGAGCGGGGGCAAAGGCCGUCUUUCUCUGUGGUCGUACGCUCUCGACUCUCGAGGAGACACAGCAACAAAUCUUGAAGGAAUGUCCAAAUGUCAUUGUGGAGAAGUUUGUCUUCGAUGUCACCGAGGGCCUCGAACGAACGCGGCAGGUCUUCGCAGAGGCAUGCAAGAUAGCCGGCCGUCCGCUCGACAUCCUCAUGAACAACGCCGGCUAUAUCGCGUCAAUGCCCACCACACCAUCUCCGGGCAGCAACUGGGAUUUCGAUAGGUACUGGAAACAUUUCGAGGUCAACGUGAAGGGGCCACUCGCUCUGGCUACCGCAUUCCUCGAAUAUGCGUCUGAACAGCCAACGCUUCUGAAUAUCUCAUCAGGUGCGGCUGUGAUUGAUUUCGUUGCUGGGCUGUCUGGUUACGGCGCAAGCAAAAUGGCAGCUUUCAAGAUGUUCAGCUACCUUUACCACGAGCAACCCAAGCGUGGCCUCAAGGUGUUUCAUGUCCACCCAGGCGUCGUUGCUACUGCAAUGGCGAAGGAGGGGAAGUCAAUAUGUGAUGAUACUGCCGAACUCGCUGCAGACUUCCUCGUCUGGCUGAACGCCCCCGAAGCUGCGUUUCUCCAGAAUCGAUUAUUAUACGUGAACUGGGAUGUCGAAGAGCUGCUGGCGAAGCGUGAGACCAUUGUAGCGCAGGACCUGUUGACCCCUGGCUUGCGAGGGUGGGACUCGACGGCUAUGUAA